AGAAUGGUGCUGCAGAAUCACAACACAGUGGUGGCCCGCUCCACGCUGACGCCGAACAGUAGCAGCCAGAACUUUGGCUCCCAUCCGCUGGGCGGCUCGGCCAAUGGCUCCGGAGCGGGACGGAGCCCCUUGAACGCCGGUCCCAGCACCCAGCGUCCCAUUGUCGACCUCCUGGUGGCCAUGGUGGCCGUGCCCGUGCUGAUUCUCUGCGCCCUGCAGCUGGAGAAGAAUCUGCGGGACAACAGCGACGAGUCGCGCUGGCUGGUCUUCGCCCUGGGAAUCGGGAUGCUGGUGAUCAGCGUGAUCAUCUGCGGCUAUGUCACGCACCGCAUGGGCGUCUGCAUCUGGGCGGGGCCCAUCGACGAGGCGGGAAACCGGGCCACCAAUGGAGCCAUGCCACACAUCAACUCCCAGAACGAUGUGCUGCGCAUAGUGGACUCACUGCCGCCGAGUUACGAUAGUGUGGUGAAGUUCGAGCUGCCGCCGCCGGCCUACGAUUGCCUGGUUAUAGACAUGGAUCAGUCGAAGGAGCUGGAACCGCCGCAGACCUCCGCCAAGCCGGGAGCCGGAGGAUCCACCUCCGCGCCGGGAGCCACCCUUCACAUCUAGGGAGAGGCCAAAGGAGCAAAGGAGAUAAGGAGCUAAGGGAGCAGUAGAAGGAGGAGAGAGAAUUAAGAGAUUUUUUCCCAACUGGCAGCGCAACGGAUUUCUGUACUUGAUGGAUUGACCCAUGUAAAAACCAACCGCAAACAAUCUAUACCUACGAUUUCGAUACGCGGUAUUCUGUGGCAACCUUAGGGUUUUUCUUUUUCACAUACAUACACAGGGAAAAAAUGUUGAAAUAACUAUGGGACCUACAGCCGAAUACCGCCAUAUAUCCGUAUAUCUAUUGUAAAGUUUGACUAAAUGGUAGCUUGGCAAAGCAUUAUGGCAUUGUAUUUACUUUGAUUUUAAGCAGCUAGUAUUUUAACUCGUAGAGCCCAUCAGAAUCAGAAUCAAAAUUAAAAUUAAAAUCGAAAUGAAAAUCAAUUCUCUCGCAUUGUACAUAGAGUUCUUUGAAACACAGCAUCUAGUCCAAAGUUGUAUAUAGCCGAAAAAGAGAUAACUAAACUACAUGAUGCGCGCAUACAAACAUUUAAGGUAAUUUUAUGAUAUAUACUUACUUACUAAAUGCCAACGCAGGGCGGGAAUCAAACUACAAAACUACAGGGUAGCACUUAGUCUUAGUUUUAGCGUAACGCCUGUAUAUAGUUAUGUAUAUUACGAUUACAAAUACUUUUAUAGCCAUCUCGAUAGCGAUGUCGAUUGCCAACAAAUGUCGGAAAACGUUCAGUGUUGCUUUCCAGAAAUAAAGAAUUCCUAUUAAGUUUAUUGAA